CAGAUUAAAACAUACCGCUGCGUGCUCAAUGAACAGCGUGAAAAAGGGUGUUCACCGACCAGAACGAGUUAUAAAGCAUUUGCUAUUAUGUACUGAUAAAACACCAUUUGUCCUCGUAUGUUAGCGCGAAUGAAUUUUUUGACGUAGUUGUUUAUUACCCAGCAAAGCUAACAGGGGCUAGCCACUUAGCGGAAUAGUCGUGUGGGGACGCAACGCAGUUUACCGAAGUGAAGAAGAGAUGCUGUUGACCCAUACAAGGGUACCCAUGCAAAGUUAAGCUGCAAAUUUAGAUAGAUGAUAAUCUGCAGGCGGCUUAAACGUACAGAAAAAUAUUUUUUAUCCGCGGUGUCAACAAAGUUUAGGGCAGUAAUUUCCGGAAACACUUUUUCGUGCAAACUUGCUUUAACGACCUCGCGAGCGAGAUUCCAGAACAGAGAAGAGCUAGCUGAUGUUAGCUUUAAGGCUAAAUUUACAAUCAAGGAGCAACUGCAAGAAGCCCGGGGACUAGGUGCGGGACAGGCCGAAGACUUGUGUUUGUGGUUAAUAGUUCCCCAACAGUAUAAGACCACAAGAUACAACGCUCCUCUUGCCUGUUAGCUAGGUAACCACAGAGUUAUCCGUCUGGUUGAACAGCUAGCACAGCCUGCCUUCCGCCGACGUGCACUUCCCCCACUCUCUCAGCAGCCGGCUAGCCGCAGCGUUAGUCCGGUACAUAAAAUGAAGCGACCAUCAGCAUUUUUGGACGUUGUGUGGCUCUUUGGAUUUUGCUGAUGCAUGAGGAGACGAUAUUGUUUUUGUGAGAUCUCUUUCAAAGAGGUCAAAGUCAGUGCGGGGAAUGGACGAGCAGAAAUCGAACUGCGAAGAGAAUGACUCUGAACCAACAGCUGAUGACGGUGCCACCGCAAAACAGUGUUUCUCCCCUGAGAAGGAGGCCAAACCCUCCUCUGCUGUUGAGGAUGAGUCUGGUGCAGAUGCAGGUUCCUCCAGCCCACCUCUAGAGAGCGUCCGAGCCUGUGCUCUAUGUAACUGUGUGGAGCGGAGCUUGCAUGGACAACGGGAACUAAGGCACUUUGGUCCAUCUUCAGAGCGGCCAGCCCCAAAGUCAUCUGCUUCCCCACUGCCACAGCCUGGAAAUGAUGACCUGUCUUCCAUUGGAUUUUCUGAGUCCUCGUGUCUGACGGCACUCAUUGAUGACUCAGGGGGUGUUUGGGUUCAUCACUGGUGUGCUGUGUGGUCAGAGGGAGUAAAGCAAACAGAGAAUGAAGAGCUGGAGAAUGUGGAUAAGGCCGUCAUCUCAGGGACACAGCGGCUUUGCGACUAUUGCAAACGGCUUGGUGCGACCAUACGUUGCCACGCUGAGGGCUGCUCAAGAUUCUACCACUUCCCAUGCUCGGCAGCAAGUGGAUCCUUUCAGUCCAUGAAGCAGUUGAUCCUUCUCUGUCCUGAACACAUAGACAAAGCAGAGGAGCUGGCUGGUGAGGAGUCUUGGUGCGCAGUGUGUGACUCAGCAGGGGAGCUCACAGAUUCACUUUUCUGCACGGGCUGUGGCCUACAUUAUCAUGCGGCCUGUCUGGAAAUCGGUGCCACACCCAUUCAGCGGGCAGGAUGGCAGUGUCCGGAGUGUAAAGUGUGCCAGACUUGCAGACAACCAGGGGAAGACUCCAAAAUGUUGGUAUGUGAUGCUUGCGAUAAGGGAUACCACACAUUCUGUCUCCAACCAGCCAUGGAUUCUCUUCCCUCUGACCCCUGGAAAUGCAGAAGAUGUCGAGUAUGUAUGGAGUGUGGUGUCCGUGGAUUGGGGCUGCCUGGUUCGGCCUUAUGGUUUGAGACCUACACUGUGUGUGAGAAAUGCCAGCAUCAGCGCAGCUCCAUGUGUGCUGUGUGCAGCAAGGCUGCCAAUCCAUCUGUAGGUCUUCAGUGCUGUAGCAUCUGUCACAGAUGGAUGCACAGCGAGUGUGCGGUGCCGGGGGAGCUUCCAGAUGCCAAGGUCAUUUGUCUGCUUUGCAAAGAGGAUCAAGAGCAGCCUACUGUUAAGACAUACACAAUGGACAUACAGAGCAGAGAGGAGAAGGUAGUCCAAAUGGAUGCUAAUGCAGUAACAGAAAAGCAAGCAGAUUUAUCAGAGGCAACGACAGGACGGAAAGGCACACCUGAUGCAGACCAGUUUGGAGAUCAAGUUGAAAAAGAGACGCCUAUGGAGCUGGAGGUGAAGUCUGCUCCAAUAAUGGCUGUUAAGGAGGAAACUCUGGAGGGGGAGCCACAGGUAGCAACAGAAGGAUUCACUGGUGAUGUGCCAGCUGCUCCACUUGUGUCUUCAGAAUGUGCAGCAUCAGAACGCAGGGACCUUUGUCUUCCAUCUGAUGGAGGGAAAUCAGAAGAGGCACUCAGCCAAGUGACAGAGGCCUCCCCUUCCCAGGACAUCACAACAGACACACAGUCCAACAACAACAACCUUACAGUUGAACCUCCACCAUUUUCAGAAGAAGGCCCUGAAAACAUGGAGGUGGGGACAGAGGAUGAAAAGCCAGAGGUCAAUCCGUCAGCUGAUCAAGACUCAUCACAACAGUUACUAAAGGAUGGAUCUGAUGUCAUGACUGUUGUAGAGGCCAUUAAAAAUGACCAACAGAAGUCAGAAGCCUCAUCUGUCUCUGAGGACAGAACGGGACUUUUGUCCUUGGAUGACCAGCUAGAGAGAAGCCCGUGUGUGGACCUGCAGUCUCCUGCUCUUUCUCCAUUAGCAGACUCACAAGAGACUUCCUCUGCUAUGGACAUGGAGGGGGCGUUACUUCCUCCCUCUGAGGAGGAGGAGGAAGAGGAGGAGGAGGAAGAAGAGGAUGAUGAUUUAAUAAAGGGCAAUAAUAUGGACAUAAAGCAGGAACUUCAGGAGGUUAAACCAGAAUUGCUGCUGGAUGAAAUGUCCAAUAUAAGCCAUGGAGAUGAGAGCAGUAGUGGCUUCCUGGGCUCUCCAGGAGAAGCUGAUCCUCAGCUUUCCAUGGAGCUUGGUCUUGUACCUGCUGGCCCCUCUCACACAGAUAACCUGCUCACUGAGACUGACGAUUCACUUCCAUUUGAACCCCUCAGAAGUGACAGGGAGAAGGUAAAGCGUAGAGGAUCUCCAGGUCGCUCAAGGGUCAAACAGGGGCGAAGCAGUAGUUUUCCUGGGAAGCGUAGACCUCGAGGAGGAGGUGGAGCAAGAGGGCGUGGUGGGAGGUCACGUCUCAAAGCUAUGGCCUCUUGCAUUGAUGCGUUCCUGCUAAGCAUGACCUCAGACACUGGAGUUAACAAGGAGGAAGAGGAUGAGGAAGAUGACACCAUGCAGAACACAGUGGUCCUUUUCUCAAACACUGAUAAAUUUGUCCUGCUCCAGGACAUGUGUGUUGUGUGUGGAAGUUUUGGAAAGGGUGCUGAAGGGCAGCUGCUAGCCUGUGCUCAAUGUGCCCAGUGUUACCAUCCUUACUGUGUGAACAGUAAAAUCACCAAGACGAUGCUUCGUAAGGGAUGGCGAUGUUUGGAAUGUAUUGUCUGUGAAGUGUGUGGAAAGGCCUCAGACCCCUCCCGUCUUCUCUUGUGUGACGACUGUGACGUGAGCUAUCACACCUACUGCUUGGACCCACCGCUGCACACUGUACCAAAGGGUGGUUGGAAGUGCAAAUGGUGCGUAUGCUGCGUCCAGUGUGGUUCCAACACGCCAGGUUUCCAUUGUGAGUGGCAGAACAACUACACACACUGUGGCCCUUGUGCGAGCCUCGUCACCUGCCCGGUAUGCCGAGAGAACUUUAUGGAAGAGGAGCUCCUUCUGCAGUGUCAGUACUGCGAUCGAUGGGUCCAUGCUGUAUGCGAGAGUCUGUACACAGAGGAUGAGGUGGAGCAAGCUUCUGAUGAGGGCUUUGCAUGCACAUCCUGCACACCAUAUGUUCCAAAACCCGUGGUGGAGUCAGCCAUCAUGGCUUCAAUUAAGAUCAAAGAGCCAGAGCCCCAGUUUUAUCGCUUGGAAGGUGUGUGGCUUACGGAGUCAGGAAUGUCCCUCCUUCGAAGUAUCUCCAUGUCGCCUUUGCACAAGAGACGGCAGCGUCGCUCCCGUCUGGGCACUCUGUGCAGCGAAGGAGGUGCAGAUGGAAUGGACCUGAGGGAGGUUGAAGGAGAAGGAGAAGAGGGAAAAGGCUGUGAACCCAUGGACUGUGAAUCCAAAAUGGACCAUCUAGGGAGCCCUGACAGAGAUGGUGGUGACAGGGAUGGGGGAGCAGAGGGAGGCGCUGAAGGCAUGGCUGACUGCGACGGUCUCAAAGGAGGGGCGGAGGAGACAGAAGACAGCAAAAAAAGGAAGCGGAAACCUUACAGGCCUGGGAUUGGAGGCUUUAUGGUGCGACAAAGGAAGUGUCACACAAGGAUGAAGAAAGAGUUUUUUGCCCAGCUUGCUGGAGAGACCACCUUGGAUGGACAGCCAAUAGAACGAACCAUUGAAGAAGGACCUCACCCAGACACGGAUAACAUUAUGGAUCCUAAACCCAUGGAGGGUGAAGAACAGGCCAAGAAACGUCGGGGCCGUAAGAAAAGCAAACUGGAGGACAUGUUUCCAGCGUACCUCCAGGAGGCAUUCUUUGGGAAGCAGCUGAUAGACUUGAGUAAGAAAGCUGUGAUGAUAGCUCCAGGACAGAGGCCAGGUGCAUGCCCUGUCCGACCCACAUUGCCAGCACCGACGGGGAUCAAAACUACCACCCCAGAGAACGAGGUCAAGGACUGGGUGGUUGAAGGUAAUUUUCCUCUCAAACAAGAGAGGGUUGAGGCCCCACAGGCUCAGGGAGACAAUGAAGGAACUCCUACACCAUCCUCAUCAGUAAAGGAUCAGGUGCCAUCUGAUCCCCAUGACUCCAAUGCAGAGAAAAGUGAAGGGCUACCGCAAGGGGUGGAGAGUCAGGAUUCUGAGCAGUUCUUCAGGAAGGUUCUCGGAGUGCCAGAUGGCUCCUCUUUGGGGGGCAUGAAGCCCAUCUUGGAUGGAAAUAAGGGAGAGCUAAAUCUCAGUGCACUGCCGCAGAGACCUGCACUGUCAGGCUCCCUACCCUCGGCUGGAAUGAUGGAUGCCUUUCCUGGUCUCUCUCAGUCACCCUUCUUUGACAUGCGUGACAGAGGAGGACUAUUCAGUCCAGAUGGGGGUGAGGAGAGUCCAUGGGCCACACCAUCUACCCCGGCAACCCCCUCCUCCCCACCCACUCCCACAGAGGCAGAAGGCGAUGGGCUGUCUUACAACCAACGCAGUCUCCAGCGAUGGGAAAAAGAUGAGGAGCUGGGAGAGCUUUCAACCAUUUCCCCAGUUCUUUAUGCCAACACAAACUUCCCAACUCUGAAACAGGACUACCCAGACUGGGCAAGCCGCUGUAAGCAGAUCAUGAAGAUUUGGAGGAAGGUAUCAGCUGCAGACAAAGUUCCAUAUCUGCAAAAGGCCAAAGACAACCGUGCAGCUCAAAGGAUCAACAAGGCACAGAAGCAGGCAGAAAGCCAGGUGUGCAGGCCAAUCAAAACAGAGCCAGGUCGCUCAAAAGGAGACCGGCCGAACUUGCACCUCCAGAUCCCACCACCUUCAGGCUCCACAUCUAUUUCAUCCCAGCCGAGCUCUGCAGACAGCCCAUUUCCCUUCCAGUCCGAUUCAGGAUCAUCGUCCGUCUUUUUCUCAGAGGGACCUCUUAAAACACCAUUGUCAGCUGAAAUAAGGACAGAUCCUUUGGCCAAACUUCCCCCUCAGUCACCUCAUCCUCACGCACAUCAAACCGCAUCCUUCUCUCAUGCUGGUGCCAGCCCUCUACAGGCCUCUUCCUCAGGUUUUUCUGCUUCCGGCCCACAGGGUCCUCCUCAGGGACGGCCAGCCAGUCUUGGCCCUUUUGACAUGCAACCAGGAGCUCCUGGGACGCCCAGACGGGCUCAGCAUGUUGACCCCUACUUCAGAUCACAGCUGCAGCUGCAGCAGCAGCAGCAGCAGCAGCAGCAAGGCUCUCUUGAGUCCCUUGGACCCCCUGAACGUCCCCUUUCACAAGGUCCUGGGCUUGGGGAGUCACCCAUCUUCUCACCCUCCCAUAAUACCCACUAUGGAGACUCUUUCAGAAGCCAGCAGGGAAUGGGACGAUCAGAAUAUGGUUCAUCCCCCUCACACUCUGCAGUGGCUUCCUCACCUGCAAGUGCAGGACAGUACAGGGCUGAAAUGAGUGCGCCUUCUCCACGUUCUGCUUCUGUUGGAAGACCUGAGCUUUCCACUGGUUCCCCUGCUGGGAUGCUCGAGUGUGGCGAUGGAUUAUUCAAAGCACCUAUGACACCACGAAUGCACCAAGGGGAGAGUGGAGCACUUCAUCCGGGAGCCUCUCCAGGUCAUCCUUCCGAGAACUACAGACAGUCUCCCUCACAUACUUUUUCUGAUCCUCAUGCUCAUCCACCUCUUACUCCCAGACCACAGUCAGGUGACAAUUGUUCUCUUGGACCCCAGAGACACCCAGUAGCUCAACAGGAUCAUGGAUGUCCAAGGGUGCCCUCUAGUCCUCAGUCUCAGGGCAGCUCUCAGUCUCCCCACACUCCGGGUGGCCUGUCCAAUGAUGCUUACUCUGUCCACUCUCCCGCUACACCUCGCUUCCAGUCACCAGACCCCUGCUCUCAGCCACCAUCAAGGCCACAGUCUAGAGACCCUUUUGCUGCCGUCCAAAAGCCCCCUCGCACUCCUUCUCUUGGUCCAGAGGGAAAUGGAAGUUACAAAACUUCCCCUCAUUCUAAUCAGCCCCCUCUGGCUCACCCUACCAACAGUUCUGCAGGGGACACUCUCUCUGGUAAACCAUCAGCACUCCAAACUUUCAGCCGCAGUCCCAUCAGGGGAAGCUUCCAAAUUACCCAGCAACAGACUCAGAUGGUACCGGGUCAGCCUCAGCCACAGCCUCAGCUGUCAUUAGGAGCAGACAAUCUCAGCUCCAGGCCAGCCCCUUCUGGAUCUCAAGAGCUACCAACUGGCCACCCUACAGAGCUGCCUCAUCAGCCAUCUAUGCCAGCCAAUCAAGAAAUGCCUGACAUGUCAUCAGUGCAGGACCCUUCAUUAGUAGGACUUAGCCCAUCAGAACUGGAGAAACACAGACAGCGUCAGAGACUAAGGGAAUUCCUUAUCAGACAGCAAAUGCAGAGAAAUUCUAUGAGACAAGAGAAGGAGGCCGCUGCUGCCGCUGCCGCAGCUGCUGAAGGCACAUCACCUGGCUGGUCUGGUGGAGAUAUUGGGGCGUUUCAACAAGACAAAGCCCACAGGGCACCACCACCCUAUCCACAGGAUCGUGUUCCUGCUGCUACUGCUGGAGCUCAGGCCUGUGUGACAGGGAAGAUGCCCAUGGCUGUUGGAGGAAUGGAUGAAAAGCUGAUUCGCCCCCAACUACCAGGAACGCCUGCCAUUGGGGAACCUGCUGCACUAAGGCUACCAGGGCCCACCAGACCUCAGGGCAUGUUUCCUCGCCAACAGUUCCCUCCUCACUGGCAGGGCCAGGCUCCUGGUCAAAGGAGGUUCCCUCAACCUGGUAUGGAGGCUAUGGGCAUAAGGCACAACCUUAACCCUGCUGUCAAUAUCCAAGGUAUGGAAGGCUUGGGUAACCCUCACACCAUGAUGUCAGGACAUGGAGGAGAAACCAUACAACCAUUGGGUCAAGGCCCCCCUCCACAGUUUAUUGAACUGAGGCAUAAUUCCCAAAGACUACCCCUGCGACCGCAGUUUAUGCCCCGUGGACCUCAACCAAGACCACGUCUCUUUGUUGGACAGCAAGAGAUGGGUGCACCUUAUAUUCAGCAACAUGCUGUAGCUCAGGCUGGGGGUAUUCAGUCUGAGGGAGGUGGUGACUCACAGCUUGGGUUACCACAAGGGGGUUUAUCAGUCUUACUGCCUCAACAGUCUACAGGCUCAGUAACACAGCAGCCCCACAUGCAGCCUCAGGCAGCUACUUCAAAUUCCAGCGCCCCUGGUGCUGAGCAGCAUAGACUUACUCAGCCAGGCUUAGUGACACAGCCUCAGUCUGCAACUGUAGUGAGCGCUGUGGAACUGCCAGUGCCUGACCUAGAGGGGCUCGGGGAUGCUCCAGCGGAUGGGGGUGUGGAAGAUGAGGAUGAUCUCGCUCUGGAUUUGGACCCUGAUAAAGGAGAUGAUGAUUUGGGUAACUUGGGUAAUCUUGAAACCAAUGAUCCACAUCUAGAUGACUUACUGAACAGUGAUGAGUUUGACUUGCUUGCCUACACUGACCCUGAACUGGAUCAAGGUGAUCCUAAAGAUGUAUUCUCAGACCAGCUGCGGCUAGUGGAAGCAGAAAGUGAAACGCCUGGAUCUUCUAACAUUAAAGUGGAAGAGAAAGCUAAAGUGGAACUCAGACAUAAGUCUUCAACAACAAUUCCAGCUGCUACACAAGAAUCUGCUACCCAGCUGCCACCCUCAGCAGAAACAGUUGAUACUUCUAAAGUCAAAGUAGAGGACAGAGGUUUGACCCCUCAGCUGCAGCCAGGACAGACGGUAGUGAAGGAUGAAAUGGGAGAGGCUGUGUCGAUGCUGCUUGGCGGGACCACAACAAUAGCCAAGCCAGCACAGACGGAAAACCAGUCAGCCUCACUCAGCUCUGUUCGAUUAGGAGGGCUUCCAUACCCUUUGCAAGGCCAAGGUGAUUCUUUUCCUUCAGGUGCCCCACAUGGAGACAUUGGUGAUGAUCCACUGGGGCUACCUGAUGUAGGAGGGCAACACUCUCCUGCAGUAGAUUUGGAAAAGCCUCACAUGGCUAUGACUCAACAACAAGCCAUGAUGAGAGCAGGACAGCCGGGGAUGCACCCAGGCCUUGGCCAUCAGCAGCAGCCAGUGGUUAAGCAGUCAGCAUUACCCAACAGUUUCUUCCCAGAUAAGGAUCUGGAAAAAUUUGCUGCUGAUGACAUCAUGGAUCCUAUUGCCAAGGCAAAGAUGGUGGCACUUAAGGGUAUUAAGAGAGUGUUGGCGCAGGAUCCAAUGGUUGUCCCUUCAGGCAUCAACAGACAACAAGUUUCCCUGCUUGCCCAGCGGCUAGCCUCUGCCCCGGGCACAGAUCCAGCUCAGGUUGUACCAGGACCAAUAAAGGAGGGAGAACCGAGUGAUCCCACACAAUCAAGACCUAACCCUCCGCAGUUUGUACAAGGAAUUAUCAAUGAUGCAGAACAGCACCAAUAUGAGGAAUGGCUGCUUCAUACCCAGCAGUUGCUACAAAUGCAACUGAAAUUUUUGGAGGAGCAGAUUGGAGUUCACAGAAAAUCACGCAAGGCACUCUGUGCUAAACAACGUACUGCUAAGAAAGCUGGGAGGGAAUUUGCUGAAGCAGAUGCAGAGAAACUGAAGUUGGUCACAGAGGAGCAAAGCAAAAUUCAGAAGCAGCUUGACCAGGUACGCAAGCAGCAGAAAGAGCACACCAAUCUUAUUGCAGAAUACAGGAGCAAGCAACAACAGCAUCAGCAAGGCUCAGGCCUUCUUCCUCAAGGCCAUUCUGCACAAGGGGGACCUUCCCACAUGUUUCCAAAGAUGCCUGGCCAAAUGAUGAUGGGCCAGCAGGGAGCACCUGUGGUGGGGCAGCACCCCGGCAUGAUGCCCCAAGGUGGAAUGCCUCUAAGAAUGCCCCAAGGGCAGCCCUUUAUUGGAGGAGCACAACCGCAGCUUCCUGCUGCCAGGGUUCCAGGUCCUCCUGGGACUCCAGCAGGAUUUUUCCCACAGGCGCCUGGAAUGCAAGGUGCUGAUCCUAGGGUUCUUCAGGAAAGACAGCUUCAGCAUAGAAUGCAGAUGGCAAAGCUUCAGCAGCAGCAACAGCAGCAGAUGAUGGGUCAACAACCAAUGCCACACCCAGCUCAGCAGUCUGGUUUAAUCACCCAGCCACAGCCUGGGAUGAUGGGCAACCAGCUAAUGGCUCAACAGCAAGUAAACCCUCAGCAGGGAAUGCUAGCCAAUCAGGCUAAUCAGCAGAACAUGGUGCAAGUCCCACAAGCAAUGGUUGGAGGUCAGUCUGUUGCUCCACCACAGCAUAACCUUGUGGCAGGCCAGCCUCUUAACCAUCCUCAAGCCAUGAUGGCUGCUCAGUCAGGGAUGAUGGGGAAUCAGCCAUCACAGCAACAGAGGCCUCAGCUGAUGAUGAAUCAGCAGGGUGUAGUUAGACCUCCAGGUCACCCAGGACUGCGCGCACAGUUGACCCCACAACAACAGAAUAUUCUGGCCCAACAGAUGCUGGCCUCUCAGCAGCAACAGAAUGCUGCAAAGAAUUUAACCCACCUUCAACAGCAGCAGAUGACACAGCAAAGACACCCAACACAGAUGAUCAGUCAGACUAGCCAAGACCAAGGGGGACUGUCCCAGCCCUCGACCCCACAAAUGAGGUCCCCACCCUCAGCCGGAAGCAACACACCCCAACCUACCGGGUCUGCAGACAGCCAAAACUCAGGGGCAAAAGAGGGUGGAAUCCUCAGCCCUGUUUCGAGAACUCCACCGCAGCAGAGUGGGCCCUCCACUCCCAAUCAGGUGUCCCAACCUGACCAUCAGUCUGACCUGGGGCGUCAGCAGUUACAGCAGCAGCAUCAUCAGAACCAGAUGUAUGUACAACAUCAUCAGUCCAAUUCUCAGUCUGUGCAUGAACAACCAGGUUUAACUGGAAACCAGCAAACUGGUGUGCCUCACCAGCAACAUCAUCAACUUUCACUUGCUCUUGACAGACACGGUCCCCUUAGUGUAGACAAACCUGGUUUGAUGACAAUAAAAGAAGAAGGCAAACCAACUGAUUUUUUACCACAACAGCAGCCAGUUCAAAAUGCAACACAACAGUCUCAAGAUCCCUCCAUAAAGCAGCAGAUCAUUGGGCAAAAUCAUCCUGGCCAGCCGCAACCAGUUCCAAUGGGCCUAAACCCACAACAGCAAGCACUGUUGGCCCAGCAGCAGAAACAACAGGCAAUGAUGAGCAUGAUGAAGGCUCCGCAGCAAGGAAUGAUGGCACUAAGGCCUGGAGUUCCACCUGGACAGAUCCGCACUUCUAUUAACAUCCGGGCUAUUACUGCUCAGCAUCCUCAGCUCCGUAAUUUACCACCAAAUCAACAGAUUCAACACAUUCAGGCUAUGCUUGCACAGAGGCAGCUGCAUCAGGGACAAAUGAUGCAGAUGUUAGGCCAAGGUCAGCCGAGACCCCAGCUUCCCCAGAUUGGGCAGCCAAUUAUGGGGAUGGACGGUCAACAGAUCCAAUACGGAGGCAUGGGGAAACCAGGAGCAGUGGCAGGUCAGCAACAGCCAGGCAUGUUUGGACAGCAGCCUGGUCCUCAGAUGCAGCAAGGGAUGAUGGCCCCUGGCCAGCAACAGCCACAAUCAGGGGAAUUGAAUCAGCAGCACAUAAUGAGAGGCCAGGUACCUAUGCCACUUUCCCCCAUGGACCCAAAUCGCAUGGUGCGGCCCGCAUCUCCACGUCAGCCGAUAACCAAUUCUCCCGGGGAUCGACACUCGUUUAAUCAAGUUAUGCGUCCACCCACUCCCAACCAGAGUCAACAACAGGCACUAAUGGCAGGCCGUGUGCAGGGCUCCCCAUCACAUGCAUAUUCUCCAAGAGCUCCUUUUGGCGUGAGCCCCGCUCACCCAGCCUCUCCCCAUUCGUCCCACGUCUCCUCACCUUCUGUAGGUGACGGCAGAGCUGGAAGAGGGAGUCCAUACAGCCAAGUCAAGGCAUCCCCACUCAGAUCGCCUGGAGCCAGGAGCCCACUUGACUGUCCUGGUCUGAAAGUAGAGACUCCGUCAUCAGCCACUGAAACAUGUAUGACACCUUCAGUUAUUAUCAAUGGGCCACAGAAAGGCACAAUUGUUCAACAGCAAGCUACAGAAAGCCACGUUCCUCACACGCCGCAAGGGGAGUUGUGCAAGAUGACGAUACAGAACAUCAAACAGGAACCAAGAGAGUUUCAGUGUGAUGCACAAGAGACUAAUCCUGGUGUCAUAAAGAGAGAAGCAGCGGGUGAGACCGUUAUAUCUGGCAACAACACUACCUUUAACAAUACUGGAAAUGUUUCUAGAGACACUGAGGCCCAAAGUCCCAGACCUGAGACUGGACAGCAGCUUCUACAGAAACUCUUGAAAACCAAGAAUCUUCAACUGGGUGCUCAAAGGCCUUCUGAAGGCAUCCAUAAUGAGAUCAACGGUCACAUUAACAGCAAACUUGCAAUGCUCGAGCAAAAACUUCAAGGAACUCCUCGAAAUAUGGAGGAUUUACAGUCUAUAACUAAAAGGGCUCCUGUACAAAAGCCAAAACGCACAAAUAAGGCAGCUGGAGACAAAGGGCCCACUUCACGAAAAAAGAAUAAGAAGGAGGAGGUUGGGAAGAGUGCUGAGGCACUGUUGAAACAACUCAAACAGGGUCUCUCUCUGCUACCCUUGAUGGAGCCUUCGAUCACUGCCAGUCUGGAUCUCUUUGCACCUUUUGGAAGCAGUCCAGUCAAUGGUAAAGCCCAGCUUAAGGGGUCAUUUGGAAAUGCUGUGCUGGACAACAUCCCAGAUUACUACUCUCAGUUGCUUUCAAAGAGUAACCUCAGCAACCCUCCAACACCUCCCUCCUCUUUGCCACCUACCCCACCACCAUCCGUACAGCACAAGCUGCUGAACGGAGUCACUCCUGGGGAGGAGCUUUCAGAGGGCCAGAAGGAUACAGAGGUAGCAGAAGAGCCAAUGGAAUCUAGUACAGAGGAGGUGAAGGGUGUAGACAUUCUUGCAGCUCUGCCCACUCCACCACAUAACCAGAAUGAAGAUAUAAGAAUGGAAAGUGAUGACGAAGAUGCUCCAGAAAGCAUUAUCCCAGCAUCAUCUCCUGAGAGCAGUCUAGGGGAAGAAACACCACGAUUUCCUCAGCUGCGAGAGCCUAAAGAGGAGGAGACGGAAAGAGCAAUAUCCCCCAUCAUACCCCUAAUACCCCGCACUGCCAUCCCAGUUUUUCCAGAAAAUAAACCAUUUCAGGCACCUGAUAACAAAGCAGUUUCCACCUCUAACCACUGGGACAAGACCAAAAGCAACGAGGUUUCUGUCACCUUCACAAUGUCUUCUGCUGCAGCCAAGAGGCUUAAUCAUGUUAUGAUGGCCAUGGCUCAGCUGCUCAACAUCAGGAUGCCAGGCUCCUAUGAAGUGACGUUCCCUCCUCAAAACGCUGACAUGCCUGGAGUGGAUGGACCUGGGAAAGGGCCUAGCCAGUCAGGGGAGCUAAGCACAAAGGACAGCGCUUCACCGAAUCAGGACGAUUGGCUAAGACAGUUUGACGUGUCUCUGCCUGGCUGUACGCUGAAGAAACAAGUAGACAUUUUGGCUCUUGUUAAACAGGAAUUCUCAGAGAACGAGGACAAACCAGUGCAGCACUGUUACACAACCAAUGUAAGUGAUUUGGAUGUACGCCACCUUCCUAUUAUACCAGUGGAGGAGUCUCCGCCCCCGUCGCCGCUGCCUCCUCAGCCUUCUCCAUCUUUGCCGGCCGAAGCCACUGAGGCUGAAUCUUCCAAGAAGUCUAGCUCUCCAACGCCUCCGCCCUCCAGCCCCAUCAGUGUCCAGACAAAGACCGAGCCUGACCAGGAUGUCGAUGCUCCUCCCACUCCCACCGCCAAUGUCACAGAGUCGGAGGCUUCUGCUGCCGAGUCGCUAACAGAAGCUACACCUGCCCCUGCACCGUCUGACCCUUCCGCUCCCCCUGAAGAUAAUCUGUGUCCUGCUGUCAAGGAGGAGGACUCUGUCUCUGAGACCACUCCAAAAUACUCUCCUAGUACCAUGGAGUCUUCCCCAAAGACCGUCAAGCAGCGGCGGCCUUUCUCCCCCGAUGAGGAGGUGGUGCACCCUAAAAUGAAGAAAUGGAAAGGGAUCCGCUGGAAGCGCCUUCAGAUCGUCAUCUCCAUACGCAAGGGCGGCUCGAAGAAGGAGAACAGCCGGGAGGUUUCGGAGCUGAUGGAGCGCCUGCGCAUUACUCUUCGGCCUGAAAAGCUGCCCCGGGACAAACGGAAGUGCUGCUUCUGCCACGAGGAGGGCGACGGGGCCACCGACGGGCCGGCGCGCUUGCUCAACAUCGACGUGGACCUGUGGGUGCACCUGAACUGUGCCCUGUGGUCCACCGAGGUGUACGAGACCCAGGGGGGGGCCCUGAUCAACGUGGAGGUGGCCCUGCGGCGCGGGCUGAGGACUCUCUGCGCGUACUGCCAGAAAACGGGCGCCACCAACAGCUGCAACCGGCUGCGCUGCCCCAACGUCUACCACUUUGCCUGCGCCAUCCGGGCUCGCUGCAUGUUCUUCAAGGACAAGACCAUGCUGUGCACGCAGCACAAGCUGAAGGGCCCCAGCGAGGACGAGCUCAGCACGUUCGCCGUGUUGCGCCGCGUCUACAUCGAGCGGGACGAGGUGAAGCAGAUAGCCAGCAUCCUGCAGCGAGGGGACCGCAUCCACCUGUUCCGGGUCGGCGGCCUCAUCUUCCACGCCGUCGGCCAGCUCCUGCCGUCCCAAAUGGCCAACUUCCACUCUCCCACUGCCAUCUUCCCCGUCGGCUACGAGGCCACGCGCAUCUACUGGAGCACGCGCGUUCCCAACAAGCGCUGCCGCUACCGCUGCCGCAUUGGCGAGGACGACGGGCACCCGCUGUUCGAGGUCCGGGUCCUGGAGCACGGGAUGGAGGAUCUGCAGUACCGGGACACGACGCCAGAGGGGAUCUGGGACCGAAUCGUUCAAGAAGUGGCUAAACUCCGCGACGACUCGUCCAUGUUGAAGCUGUUCACUGACCAGCUGAAGGGGGAGGAGAUGUAUGGACUCACAAUUCACGCCGUCAUGCGGAUCACUGAGUCGCUUCCGGGCGUGGAGAACUGCCCAAACUACCAGUUCCGAUAUGGCCGGCACCCUCUGAUGGAGCUUCCUCUCAUGAUAAAUCCAACCGGCUGCGCUCGCUCAGAGCCAAAGGUCGCCACGCAGUGCAAGAGGCCUCAUACUCUGAAUAGCACCAGUGUGUCGAAGGCCUACCAGAGCACCUUCACUGGAGAGCUCAACACGCCCUACAGCAAGCAGUUUGUCCACUCCAAGUCCUCCCAGUACCGCCGCCUGAAGACCGAGUGGAAGAACAACGUGUAUCUGGCGCGCUCUCGCAUUCAGGGUUUGGGGCUCUACGCUGCGAAGGACCUGGAGAAGCACACCAUGGUCAUCGAGUACAUCGGCACUGUCAUCCGCAACGAGGUGGCCAACCGGCGAGAGAAGAUCUACGAAUCUCAGAACCGCGGGAUCUACAUGUUUCGCAUCAACAACGAGCAGGUGAUUGACGCCACGCUGACCGGGGGCCCAGCUCGCUACGUAAACCAUUCCUGUGCCCCCAACUGUGUUGCCGAGGUGGUAACGUUUGAUAAAGAGGACAAGAUUAUCAUCAUUUCCAGUCGCAGGAUCCCCAAAGGAGAAGAGCUGACAUAUGACUACCAGUUUGAUUUUGAAGAUGACCAGCACAAGAUCCCUUGCCAUUGUGGAGCCUGGAAUUGCCGGAAGUGGAUGAACUAACCAGAUGAACGAAAAACGGACUUGCCCUCGCUGGUACCAGAACACUCCUGCGCCAAAGCCUUUGAAUCCUACAUAGCCAGUGCAUAAGCUGUUCUGAAAGACGUGGAGGAAGGCUGUCCUCUGCUGUUGAAAGACUAAAGUGUUGACACCUGUAGCCAAAGGUCUGAAAAGCAUUAAUCAGUCAAAAACAACCCCCCCUUUCCAUCAACAGCCGCUUGAUGAUGGGGCUGACUCUCAUGUUUGGACUCGUGAAUCACAGUUUCCUCAGCCAAACCCCCCCCUUCUUCCUCCUCAUCCUCCUCCUCCUCGACUGUUCUACCUUCUAUGAGCUCACAGUGG